UCUGAGAACUCCCAACCUCUCUUCACUUCUCAGCCCCACUCCAGCCCAGACAACACCAUGACAGGCUCCUGCUGUGGAUCCUUCUCCUCCCAGAGCUGUGGAGGCUGCUGCCAGCCCUGCUGCUGCAGGGACCCCUGCUGCUGCCGCCCAGUGUCCUGCCAGACCACAGUGUGUCGCCCUGUGACCUGCGUGCCCCACUUCACUAGGCCCAUCUGUGAGCCCUGCCGCCGCCCCAUCUGCUGUGACCCCUGCAGCCUGCAGCAGGGCUGCUGUCGCCCCAUCACCUGCUGCCCCACCUCUUGCACAGCUGUGGUCUGCAGGCCCUGCUGCUGGACCUCCACCUGCUGCCAGCCCAUCUCAGUGCAGGCUCCCUGCUGCAGGCCUCCCUGCUGCCAGCCUGCUCCCUGUAGGACCACCUGCAGGACCUCCCCCUGCAACACCUGCUGCUGAGUUAUCUAACGGGCAGCUUUGCCAGGUGAACAGAACUGAUACCACCUUUGCAGCCCACCUGUUCUUCCACAGCUCAGUUGGCCAUAAAGGCCUAUCAAAUUCCCCACAGGCAUAUGCAGCUGGUCAUCUGCAUAGUUCUAGACGUAUCCUAGCUCCCAUCAGCAGAAUUCUUGGCGUCAAAAGCACAUGUAAGCAAACGUCAAGCUCCUUCAUGAAGAUUCAUCCCAUUGAGUCUCUGUAACAUUCCUUAUUUCAAGGUUCAGAUGGGAUAUAUUUUCAGCACAGUAUUUUUGUGCUGUGGUUUUGCGUGAUGGAAAAUAAAAUUAUUCCU